AUGGUAGGAAUUGUAACCGGUACAUUUGGAGAUGACACAGCUAUCCUGGCAAGUGCAAACGAUUCCUCUGUAGCCUCUUUCAAACUACAAGCUGGUCUUGGUCGUAUGUCGAAAUGGUUGCAGCGUUGGCGCAUGAAAGCAAAUGAAACAAAAUCUACUCAUGUUACAUUCACAAUGAGAAGAGACACCUGCCCGGAAAUUAAACUAGUAACCGCGGAGUUCACUAAUUCACAUUCAAUUCAACAAUUCCCGCUCGAUCUUCAACUUGCUAUUGUUUUAUAUCGUUUGGGUUCAUCAGGCGAAAAUGCGGCUAUUCGUAAAGUCGCUACAUUAUUUGGUGUUGGAGAUGGGGAAACAAUUUAUAAGAUACCCCGAAGAGUCAUUCGCUCCAUAUUGGAGCUGCAAACCAAAUUUAUAACGUGGCCAGAUGUAGCUGAACGACAAGAUGUAGUGGAGAAAACCUAUCACGAGCAUCCACAUUGCAUUGGAUAUAUUGACGGUACUGAAAUAAAACUUGCCGAAGCACCAGUGGUUAACCAUACAUCCUAUUUUUCAAAAAAUAGAGUGUAUUCAAUAAAAGCACAAGUCGUAUGUGACUAUCAGCUGAAGAUUCGACAUGUCGCAGUUGGUCACUAUGGAAGUGCACAUGAUGCUCGCAUGUUUCGUACAAGCGCUCUCUGCAUCCAAGAAAAUUCUUUAUUUUCUUCGGAACAAUGGUUAGCAGGCGAUUCUGCUUAUCCAUUACUUAAAACUCUUAUAACUCCGUUUCGGUCAAACUCCCAACAGCUUGACUACUCCAAACGUAAAACUUUUAACUUACGCCAUAGCAGAUUUCGUGUAAGGAUUGAACAUCGUUUUGGACUUCUGAAGGAACGCUUCGGUAGCCUUAAGGAGUUAAGAAUCCCUAGCUGGCUUAUGGCAGAAUUUGAACCUUUUUUAGCAAUUUUAGGGGAUGCGAGUGGGGUAGUGGGGCUUUGCACAGCAGAACGCACGACUUUCGGUGCAGAGCUGGAUGAUGUGUUGUCUGCAGACGAUUCAAUAAAAUGA